AUGGCGUCCAAGGGGGCAGUGAUCAAGCUUUAUACCAACCACGGAUGCCCAUGGGCUCACCGCGCCCACAUCACUCUGGCCGAACUUGGCAUCCCUUUUGAGGAGGAGAUCAUCGACCUCAGCACCCCGCGUACCCCCGAGUACCUCAAGAUCCUCACCGAGUCUGCCGUCGUCGCGCAGUUUCUCGCCGACACGUACCCAUCCCACCUCCUGCCGGCCUCCACCGACCCCAAUGGCGCAUUGACUAGGGCUCGCAUCGCCUUCUUCGUCGAUGCAUGGUUCACCAAGGUCAACAGCUUCUGGUUCAAGGCGCUCUUCGCCAAGACGGCCGAAGAGGCCAACGAGAGCGCAGAGGAGCUCGUCAAGGGCAUCACCAAGGAGAUUGAGCCUUUGUUGAAGGAUGCUGGGCCUUUCUUCGGAGGGAGCAAGAAGCUGACCUUCGCCGAGGCAGGUCGCAUUCCCAGCAGGUGA